UAAUAUCACACUUACUUGGAUAAAUCAAUAAACCUCAUUAACUUCAAAGGUUAUCUAUUAAUUAGUCGACUGCACUGGCCGCUACUCGAGCGGCAACGAGUAUAAAUAAUCUGUUGCCAUGACAACCCCCUCGAAACCUGCGCUCCGUCGCCUCUUGUUGUUUACGUCGCUAUGACAUUGACAAUAUUCCUUCACCAGCGAUCAAAGCAACACACGUUUACAAAGUCUCGGAAAAAUGUUCUGGGGACUCAGUCCAGCGCUCGAUUUGCAAGAGGAAUACUUGAACCAAGGAGAUAAAAGCGCUUACGAGCUAAAUUUCUUGGUCAUUGGAGGUUGCGAUGCAAGACACCUCAUCAAAACCAUCUCUCAAGCUUACAGACAUGAGCGACGCUACAUGAACCUCUUUGUCGUCGACGGGUGCCCUGAGAUAGUUGCCAGGCAGUUACUACUGAUGUCGCUAGCUUUGGAGAAAACUACAAGAUGCGGUUUACUGGAAAAAACAAGACGGUUCCUCGAAGUGUAUGGGAAUAUGCUGCUACGCCCACCGACUUCAAGGUACAUCAUCGCUAAAGCACGUCAACUCGUUGGCAUGGUCACAAACCCAGAAUUUAUGAACUGCAUACUACCAUGCAUUUCAAUCGAGCAAAUGAAAUAUCGUGAACGCGAUUACAUGGAAAACCUACUCAAUUUUUGGACGACAGGCAAUACAAACCAAUUCAACGCUUGCGAGUUAUGGGAACACCGACUGAGAAACUCCUUGGGGCUUAGAUAUGAUAGUAGAGUGGGAGUGUACGAUUGGGACUACCACAUGCGUUUGAAAGAGAUAGCUAGCCAAAUAUGUUUCCAAGAGUACAAGCAUUUUAGAGAGCACGGGAUAGCAUUUACAUGGCUGGAGACUGAAGUAUGCAGACCAAAUGUUACUUUGUCCGCUGGUGUUUAUAAAUGCGGGGACAGAUAUCUACAUCGAGGAUAUCUCGGUGACAUGGUGGCUUCGCCAUACGUAGCUUACGGCUUAGACUGUGAAGACAAGGACAUGCUGAAAUCCUCCCACGGAGUAAAUUACAAACGUGCAACUGACGUAUCGGAGCGCAACCUCAUGCGCAUGUUAUAUGAGGUGGAGAAUCGAGAGAAAUUCGACGCUAGUAUGAUGAACCUGGAUACUCAGAAAGAUUUAGGAAUGGUGGUGUUAAGCGAGCUCGAUGCGAAGAUAUCUCAAGGCAGUCCUGAAGCACCUUUACUCCUCCGUGAAGAUCGCGACACUUACAUUAAUGUGGAUUACGCUAAAGUGCAUUUCUUGUCUCUCUCCGCUUUGGACCAUUACCCUCACAAGCCACAGUUCCAAGGUCUGUUCCAUGGGGUAUUUUUAGGGCAUAACAUGCUGCCUCGGGUGAAGCCAAGUGUAUGGUCUAUGGCUAGAGACGACGCAGUGGUGAUUAUGGAGUCGAGGAAGUACAUGGUGGAGUUGAAGAGAGACGACGUGAAGGCGUACGGAGAGCAGGUGCAGCAGGCCGCCGCGGCGGCUCAGUGCGAAAAGCUCGGUUCUUUUGAUCCUGAGAAAGAUGCGUUUGCUAAAUUUCGUAUCAGGCGAUCUAGUGGCAGUUUUGAUCUUGGUAAUUAGUUAUUAUAAAUAAUGAAAGCUCGGUAACUAGACUUCGAGUAUUAAAGUAGCCAAGAUAUGGUUUAACUACGCAUUUUAAGAUUUAACUACAAAAUAAACCAACUUUAGCUAAUUCUUGGACUACCCUUGUGUUGUGGGUGUAAUAAUAGCCAGUAAAUAAAAUUUAUAUCUUCAGCAUCUCUACUGAAUAUCUACCGUAGGUACGGAGUGACUAUGUCAAGGAGAGCUUUGAAAGUGUAGAUUGAAUAUGAAUGUACCUAAACUAAUAACAGCAGUGUGUGAAAGUGUUUGCAAGUAUUUAGCUAGUAGCAUUAUUAUGAUAUCAUAUUCUUGUACUUUCUUUAUCUUUUUCGAAAGGAUGCAAUAAAACAAUCAGAAAAAUUGUUGUUUCAUCUAUUUUUUCUUGUUAAUAAUAUGUUACAUUCAUUUAGUAAAUCAUAUAGCAAAUAUAUUUACAAGGACAAAACCAAACAGAAAAUGACGUUUCAACGUUUUUCGUUUAAAAUUCGUAUUUUUAUAUUACAUAAUAUCACUUAAGUUUAACAUACUAAUUAUUUAGUU